AUGGAGAAUUCUUGGAAAUUAAUCACAGCAAACUCUUAUUAUGACGCAGAGGCAAACUUAGUGAAAUACUUUACAAAGGGAUUAGGAAUCGAUCUACAAAUUGUUAAUGUUGAAUAUCUCUUUCUUUUUAAAUAAGGAAACCUCCCUCUAUUAAUUAUUGGACCAAAAGUGCUUUAAAAAGGAGAGAUUUCUAAAUUUCUUGUAAAUGAAUACUUGAAAAAUUGCCAAUAGAAUUAUGAACAGUACUUCAAUCUGUUUGACAAUUGCUAUUAAAUGCUUGAAAUAAUUGAUUAUUUUAUGUGGGCUGCUCCCUCUAAUAUUUUAUACUAAUACAAGGACUAGUAUACUUUCUUUAACGCUAUUAACAAAUAUUAUCAAUGUCGCUUCCUUAUCAAUCAAAAGAAAAGAUUUAAGUAGCUCAAAUACCUUGAUAAUAAUAAUGUUAAUAACAAAGCUAAGAUUCAUCUCACAAUUAUUCAACAUUGGAUAAAAAUGUAGCAUGAAUAACAACAACCGGUUAAUGUAUACUACAUUUUUUGUUUUGUUGUACUUAAGUCCAUAAUUUUCAAUAUCAGAUAUUCUCAAUUAUACAAUCAAAUCCUUAAGUCUGAAUUGAAAGAUUUGCUUCAAUAAAUGACUUUGAGACUAGAAUAAGAGUUUUAACUUGAACCUAUAUAAGGAAUCAAAGAUUCUGUUGCAUUAUAUAAUUAACAACUAGACAAGCUAUUAUAGAUAAAUAAAGAUUUAAAACCAAAAAGGAAUUCUCACUAACUAAUUCUUCAAUUUAUAUCAUUAUCAUUAUUUACUUAUGUGUUAAUUUCAAAUGACUUCAAAUGA